AUGCGUGCCUCUCUCUUCCUCGUUGCCUUCUCGGCCCUCGCCGUCGCUCAGUCCUCCACCGACGCUGUGCCCACCGGCACUACCACUGAAGUCCAGGUCUCUGGUGCUUCUACCGACGGCUCGACUGCUUCUGCUACUGCCUCCGACACUGCCUCCGGUACUGCCUCCGGUACUGCCUCCGGUACUGCCACUGGUACUGCCACUGGUACUGCCACCGAGACUGCUGCCUCGACCGGUGCCACUGGCACUAACACCGCUGUCACCGAGUCUUCCGGUGCCACUGGUGCCACCUCCUCGCCCGUCAUCCCCACCGGUACCACUGCUGCCUCCAGCGGCGCUCACGGAUCCAGCUCGGCCGGUUCCACCCUCACCAAGUCCAGCAGCGCCGUGAAGAGCCACACCACCAACUCGACUGAGACUUCUACCAAGACCAAGUCCGGCCACAAGUCGUCCUCCACCGGCGAGUCGUCCACUGAAUCCGCCUCUGCCUCCGGCUCUGCCACCGGAUCCACCUCCUCCGGCGCCGCCAUGCCCAUGGCCACCGCCGGCCCCAUGGGUCUCCUGGCCGGUGCUGCCAUCGCUGUUUUCCUGUAA